GAGGCUUUACCAAAGAGACUGGGAGAGGCUGUACCAAAGAGACUGGGAGAGGCUGUACCAAAGAGGCUGGGAGAGGCUGUACCAAAGAGGCUGGGAGAGGCUGACCAAAGAGGCUGGGAGGGGCUGUGCCAACGAGACUGGGAGAAGCUGUACCAAAGAGGCUGGGAGAGGCUGUACCAAAGAGGCUGGGAGAGUACCAAAGAGGCUGGGAGAGGAUGUACCAAAGAGGCUGGGAGAGGCUGUACCAAAGAGACUGGGAGAGUACCAAAGAGGCUGGGAGAGGCUGUACCAAAGCGGCUGGGAGAAUACCAAAGAGGCUGGGAGAGGCUGUACCAAAGAGGCUGGGAGAGGCUGUACCAAAGAGACUGGGAGAGGCUGUACCAAAGCGGCUGGGAGAGGCUUUACCAAAGAGGCUGGGAGAGGCUGUACCAAAGAGCCUGGGAGAGGCUGUACCAAAGAGGCUGGGAGAGGCUGUACCAAAGAGGCUGGGAGAGGCUGACCAAAGAGGCUGGGAGGGGCUGUGCCAAAGAGACUGGGAGAGGCUGGGAGAGUCUGUACCAAAGAUGCUGGGAGAGGCUGUACCAAAGAGGCUGGGAGAGGCUGUACCAAAGAGACUGGGAGAAGCUGUACCAAAGAGGCUGGGAGAGGCUGUACCAAAGAGGCUGGGAGAGGCUGUACCAAAGAGACUGGGAGAGGCUGUACCAAAGAGGCUGGGAGAGGCUGUACCAAAGAGUCUGGGAGAGGCUGUACCAAAGAGUCUGGGAGAGGCUGUACCAAAGAGUCUGGGAGAGGCUGUACCAAAGAGGCUGGGAGAGGCUGUACCAAAGAUGUAUUUCAGAAAACAAAGUGUGAUAAUUAACCAUAUAACCAGGGCAUGCUCCAGGCAGAAGCAACAUGAGCAGUUGCUUAGGACCCCAGACCACUCAUAAUAAUAAUAAUGAAAUAAAAAAUACACUAACGUUCAAAAGUUUGGGGUCAUUUAGAACAAAAAAUGUU